AUGGAUCGAGAUGAAAAUAAAAUUGAGGAGCUGAGCGAUACUUCAGCCGAGACAAUAGAUGCAUCCGACGAGGAGGACGAACGCCUUUUCGGACAUCAACAACAUCCCACAGGUGCGGAUUCGCCCUUGGUGCCACCACUGUUUACAUCGCUGCCCCCAAUUCAAGACUCCCUGGAGACCGAAACAUCUCAACUCCAGAACCGUACUAUCCAGGAAUGCUUGCCGCUGCUAGCUGCAGCUGAAAGAGCGGCCGGUGGGGCCAUUUUCGAUUUCAAUCCGUACGGUCUUCCACGAUUAGAUCGGGAGAGGCAUGUUGCCUUCUUACAAGGUAGCUUAGGUCGCCUUCCAUCGGGCUUUGUGGCAGCGGAUGCAAGUCGCCCCUGGAUGGUCUACUGGGCUUUGACAUGUCUUUACCUUCUCGGACAAGAUCUCGCGCAAUAUCGUGAAGAGGUUAUUGCCACACUUACGCCAAUGCAAAACCCCGAUGGGGGGUUUGGCGGCGGACAUGGACACUAUUCACAUGUCGCUCCAUCCUAUGCCGCUGUGUUGAGCCUUGUCAUGGUAGGUGGGGAUGAAGCUCUUAAUUUGAUUGACCGCAAAGCAAUGUGGCGCUGGCUAGGAGACCUUAAGCAAAGAGACGGAGGAUUUCAAGUGUGCGUGGGUGGCGAGGAAGACGUUCGCGGAGCAUAUUGUUCCAUGGUUAUUGCGUCUCUGUUGAAUCUUCCUCUUGAGCUGCCUUCUACUUCCUCAGCAAAGCAAAAUGAUAGUGAUACCCUCAUCACUGGAUUACGGGAAUAUCUGGCAAGAUGUCAAACGUUUGAGGGUGGCAUCGCUGACUCGCCUGAUAAUGAAGCGCAUGGUGCUUUUGCAUUCUGUGCCUUGGCUUGUCUGUGCCUCAUGGAUGACCCGCAGAAAAUCAUCAACGAGACCCUUGAUGUACCCCGUUUAAUAUCCUGGCUUUCGUCUCGGCAGCAUGCACCAGAGGGUGGAUUUGCCGGGCGGACGAAUAAAUUGGUGGAUGGCUGUUAUAGCCACUGGGCUGGCGGCUGCUGGCCAUUAAUCCAGGCGGCUUUAGAUGGCCCGAUGCCGUUUGAUGGUCCUGUCGCUCCGACUGUGGGAACGAUUUACAGUCGCGAGGGGCUCACCAGAUACAUUCUCUGUUGCUGUCAGGGCAAGCGGGGCGGCCUCCGAGAUAAGCCAAGCAAGCACGUGGAUGCAUAUCACUCUUGCUACGCUCUCGUGGCUCUGAGCUCAACCCAGCACAGUUAUUUCUACAUGGGUACUGCUCCGGACAAGCCCAUUACUCCACUGACGGCGGCAUUCCAUUGGGCAAGCUCACCUCGAGUUCUUGACUCAAAUGGAGAGAUUCAAGAGCCCAUCUGUGACGAAGAAGAUCGAGUAAAAUUGAUUCACCCCAUUUUUGUCAUCCCUUGGGGUGUUCCGGAGACAACUCGGGCUUGGUAUGAAGCCAAGUCCGGCUUGUAA